CGAGAAGCUUGCUAGAGUUCGCCAUUUUGACAUUCGCUCAGAGGAGCGUAGUGUUAGUGAAAUUAUCGUAAAAUUCUGUCGCCAUCCGUCCCUUUACCUCUAUUAUUAGGAUAGGAUUAAUUUUUCAGUCAUCCGUCAUUGGAACGAGCCCAGCUUAGCGGUUCGUUCCACAGGUUCCUCAGCAUCUAAAUGAGCGCCUGUGAUCAGCAUGUCAGCAUCGUCCGGGUCACAAGCAAAGGGGGAGAAAUCAAAGAAGUUUCAAUCGCUGAACAUAAAUAAUAUAUUUAAGGGUAAGUCUAUUGAAACAAACCAGAAGACUGUAAUUCAGAAACAUGGCAUGCAAAGCCUGGGUAAAGUGGCGUCCGUACGGCGCAUGCCCCCCCCUGCAAACUUACCUAGCUUGAAAGCAGAGAACAGCGGCAACGACCCUAACGUGAAUUUGGUACCAGCCGGUGGACAAGGAUGGGGAAGCAAGGCGGAGGAGACAACCCCCGAUGGGGCCUCAACCCCACAGGAGGGAACACCAACUCCAACACCACCUCUCGAAAUCACUCCCAAGGCACCCGGGGCAGGGGCACCUAUGAGUGUGGAUGUGGGCAACCAAGUAUCAACCAACAACAAUAUAGGGAACAUCACAAACUCGACUCUAAAUUGUCAACCCCCAGUAGUUGGUGGCAGUCCGCUUUUGGAAAGUGGCAUUGGUGGAGGCAUAAAUACGCCAAACAACGUAGCCAACAGCAACAGUGGGAGUGUCAACAAAAGCAAAAACCAGAACAACCUCAGUACCAGCAUUAUACCCAUGACUUCCACGACCACAACAACAACCACAAAUACAAGCAACAAUGCCACAAUGAAGACCACAGCCACUCCCAACAUCCCAAGCAACAAUAUUGGCAGCAACAUGAACAAUGUCAACAACAACACACCCACCAACAAUACUACAAACAACGCUGCAAACAACAUCAACAGCCAAAGCAAACCAUGGAGCAGUGCAGCAAGCGCUGGGGCAGCAGCUGGUGGUUCCCCUGGGGCACCACUCCCACUGGAUGGUGGUCCCCUACCAUCCUCCUCAGUCCAACAGUCGCCGUUUUUUCAGCGGGAGUUCCCCAAACUUGGUGGUGGCAAUUCACUAGCAGAGUCAUCGCCUCAGUAUGGGCCGGGCCCCAGCUUACGGCCACAGACAGAGGGAAGUUGGAUUCAGGGUGGUGGACGUGGUGUUGCUCAAGCACCGCAGGAUGAGCGCCUGCCCAGUCCACAAAACCCAGGUACAUUUAAUGCAGGCGAUAUUCAUCCCCCGAAUCGUAAUCAGGGGAUGGGAUCAAGAGGGACCCCUCCAGGUGGUCCUUCAGGAGUUCCGGGGGGCCCUGUUGGUCCAAUCGGGCCAGCACCACCUCAUGGACCUACACCACAAUAUAGAGGAGUUGUUCCUCCUUAUCAAGUAAUGCGUAAUAGCUUCCCUGGAGCCUUUCCCCCCAACUACCCGGGUCACCCUCGCGCUCCCUACGUGCGUGACCAGAGGUAUAGAGGGAAUGGACCCUCCCCUUCAGGCAACAGUGAGGAAGAUAUAGUUGUGCCUCCUCCUAUUAUAAAGAAGGAGGCCCUGGAAGGGUUUGAGGAUGAUCCAUGUGUUACAGAAGGCUGGGCUACUAGUGCAGCGGAAGUUGAUUAUAACCAAAAAUUGAACUUCAGUGAAGAUGAAGGAACUGUUGAUGAAGAUACUCCUACCCUACGAAAUACAGAAAGGAAGCCAGAUCGAAGGGAUAGAUGGGAAAAAGACAGAAGCCGGGAAAUAGGCCGAGAGUCAGAGGAACGCCGUGAAGUGUCUAGAGAACCUGAGAGAGAAUCUUCCAUGAGAGAGAAAAAUCCCCAAGGUUCUAGAGAACGUGACAAUAGGCGUGACAUGGCUGAGGACCGUCGAGAUCGUGACCGCAGAUUCUCUCCUGGGGACCCUGAAAGGUGGCAACACCGAGGAGGUUUUGAUUAUCGUGGAGGAUCUGGUCGUGAUUAUGGUGGCCCUCAGAAUUCUGGGAACCGGGGCUGUCCCCCCCAACAUGUGCAGGCACACAACUCCCCUCAUACUGUACCUGCAAGCACAUCUGUGCAUCCCCCAUCACGCCCACCCUCUCUCACCCCUGUGCAUCCUCCUGCUCAUCAGUUAGCUCAUGCACCAUCUUUGUCACCAUCAUCACACCCCAGGGAAGAAGAGGAUUCAUGGCGCGAUAAACGGGUCCCUGGAGAUGAGGUACAGGUUGCCCUGGAGAGAGCAAGGCAGCGCCAUGAAGAGGAAGAGAAGCGCUAUGAAGAAAAGAAAAGGUUCGAGCAGAACAAGGUUAUCAAGAAGUCCAGAGAUCCAAGGGUUUUUGACGAAAGGGAGAGAGAAGAGCCUGAUGCUGUCAGGGAACGUUCACGUGGCAGUAGUGAGUCGAGGGAUGAUAAGCCUCCCAGCCGAGAUGGGCGGGACUAUCGGCAACACCCAGACCGCAGAGAAAACUAUAGGGACAGUUACAGGGAUCAUCCACGUGAGCAGUAUGACAGACCUUUUGACAGACGAGAUGGACAGCGGGAUUCACAGCCAGUGUUUUCCUCGCAGUUCAAAAGCAAGCUACCUCCAAGGUUCCAGAAACAACAGCAGCAACAAGAGAUGAUGCGUGCUGGAGGGGGUGGCCAACCCUUCCGUGGACAAAAUUCACAGGCAGCUCCAUUAUUUGAACCACGCUUUGGUUCUAGUGCGGGAGGAAGGUUUAUGAAUCGGGAUAAUGAAAGUAAGGAAAGAAGAAUGAGGACAGACAGUGAUACCUCUGGGGAAAUUACAGAUGAGAGGCCAGCAAGUGGACUGUCAGCAGAACGUCACAGGGAUGAUAGAGAGGAAAGGCUAGAUCGCCCAGACCAGAGAGACUAUAGAUAUGAUCGAUCUGAUAGAAAUGAUAGGUCAGAGCGCCUAGACAGGAUUGAGAGGUCUGAAAGAUCUGACCGCCCAGAUCGCUCAGAGCGCAUUGACAGACCUGAUCGCUCAGAGAGAAUUGACCGAUCAGACCGUGGAGAGAGAAUUGAUAGGCCAGAUCGCCCAGAAAGAAUUGAGAGGCCAGAUCGCCCAGAAAGAAUUGAGAGGCCAGAUCGCCCAGAAAGAAUUGAGAGGCCAGAUCGCCCAGAAAGAAUUGAGAGGCCAGAUCGCCCAGAAAGAAUUGAGAGGCCAGAUCGCCCAGAAAGAAUUGAGAGGCCAGAUCGCCCAGAAAGAAUUGAGAGGCCAGAUCGCCCAGAAAGAAUUGAGAGGCCAGAUCGCCCAGAAAGAAUUGAGAGGCCAGAUCGCCCGGAAAGAAUUGAGAGGCCAGAUCGGCCGGAAAGAAUUGAGAGGCCAGAUCGUUCAGAACGCAUUGACAGACCUGAGAGAGUGGAACGACCAGAAAGGGUUGAUUCUCGAGGCAGGGAUGAAUUCUAUGAAAGACCAGAUAGAGAUGGGAGGUAUCGUGGCCGAGGCUCCCAAGGAAAUUAUAGGGAUCGGGACCGUGACCGUGACCGUGAUUGCUGGGCACGAACAUCCUACUAUGAAAAGUUUGAGGAACGUCUUGAGCCACGAGACUUGGAUUAUGAUAGACGGCGAAACUUGAAUGGUGAAGAUUGGAACAACCGGGCCAGAGACUUUGAAAGGGAAGGAAGCAAGGGCCGUAAAAUCUUUGAUGAUAGAAAUGACCGCUCUGAAAGGAGCGAGAGCUUUCUUGAGCGCCGUAGUGACAAUAAAAUGGAGUCGUGGGGCCGCUCAUAUGAGGUUGACCCUGUCAUUCCUAAGGAGCCAGAUUAUGAUUCAGGUGAACUCCGCAUGGUGCACAAGGAGUGGGACAAGGAGGUAGAAGCUGCAGAGAAGCAGAUGGAGCUACGUGAUGAAAUGCGAGAUAGGCCACAGCGACCAGACAGCCGAGACAGUCGAGCCAGCAGGGACUCACGCGCUAGCAAGGAUUCCUUUGAGCGAUGCCCCUCAAGUGCACCUGCAAGGGAAAAGAAAUUGGAGAUAACUUCCUGGGCCGAUGCCACCUAUGAGUAUGAUGACUACUACAGAUCAGAAGGCAGGGGGGAAGAAUUAGGUCGAGAACAGACCGUCUUAGAGUCUCCAAAGAAAUUAGAGGUCAAAGAGGAAAAGCCCCCCAAAGGGAACGAAGAGGAAGUAACAAAAGAAGAGAAAGAGGUUCAGAAUGAAGUACUAAAGGAAGGAGCCCGUGCUGCUGCUGCUCAUGCUCCAGCUCCCAUCACCAGGGAGAGACUAGAGGCCUCAGACAAGGAAAAGGAGAUCAGAAAAAACAUGACAACACUCAAAAAAUCUCAGGGGGAACCUGUAAGGAAAAUAGAAGUGAAAGAAGUGGUUCAUCCCAAGGAACAGAGAGACAAUGUUUGGGCGAGCCGUUCAAAAAACGCAGAACGCUCCCGCCCCGAUUCCAGCGGUUUGGCAACAACCACCACCAGCACAGCCGGCAACAACACAACCAAGGCCGUGGAGUCCAACAUAUGGGGCGUGGCCAAACAAACAACCACAAACAGCGAGAGCACCUCCCCAAUCACUACAACAGCCACAACAGUAACUGUGAGUCAGGUCAGCAACACUAUCACCAACACCACCAACACCGGCACCACAGCCACCGAGGGAACAGCACCAACAGUGGCAAGGGUGCCUACUCCUCAAGAGCCAAUUGGCACCAUACAACCAACACCACAGCCGAUGCAACAGCAACCUCAGCCAUUAAUGCAGAUCCAGCACCAGGCACCAAUACAGCAACAGCCACAGCAAAAUCAGAAACCUCAACCGCUGGCCGGGACCAUAGCAGAAACCACCACCACUACAACCACUACUCUGGCACAAGGGUCUUCUCAAACAGCAACCGGCGGAAGAGAGACCACUGAGGGGAAGAGUGGAGAAGUGGCUGAGAGGGAGAGUGCCGAGCGGGGCGGGGGCAGCAAACCAGUGUCGUCUGGAGGUCGUGGCAGCCGUGGAAAUCGCUACGAAUCCUCCCGAAGUGGAGGUCGCAGUGGUGGACCCAGAGGUAGCACGUAUCCUGUUUACCGGGGUGGCCGAGGGAGUCGCAGUGGGGACUUCAACCGCAGAGGUAGAGGACCACCACCAAGAUUCCAAAAGCGCAACUACAGAGGUGACGAGGAAUAUUACUACGAAGACUACCAUCCACGUUCUCACCGUGAACGAAAGGAUGAUUGGAGCAACAGCUGCGAGGGAGACUGGAACAGCCAAGGAGGUGGAGGGAAUACCAACAGCGCCAGCAGCAACCAGAACACCAACAGUGGCUCUGCUCAACCCAACAACCGGGAGGAGAGCGGCGAUGGUGUUGUGAUUGUAGAUGACCAGCCACAGGUUUCUGAACUCAUCGGUGAUAUUCUUGAUUCCAAUGAUGGCUUUCAGCAAGUCACAAGACGCAAGUCUGGCAAGGAAAAGGGCAAGCCAAUGCCCGAAGAAACAGUCUCAGCUGCUGCUGCUACUGCAAUAGUUACAGAAGCAGCAGGAACAACAGGGACAACUACUGUGUCUGGCCCUGCCUCUUCCUCUAAUGCCAAGAAACAACCAAAAGAGAAGAAGAGUCGAUCCAGCAAGUCGAGUGGUUUUGAGCGAUCUCGUCAGAGUAAGCUUCCCCCAAGACUAGCCAAGCAGCGAGAAAAUAAUCGUAUAAAUGCUAUAAAGAAUGCUGGUUCAUGUAGCCCUGUUGAAUCUCCUACCAACACACUCUUCCCAGUAAAAGACUCAGCUUCAUUGCCACCACCAAAGAAUGCCUGGGAUAAACCUUUAACAGCAACACUGAGAGCAAACUCGCCUUCCCAGGCUGCAGCAGGAACAGAUGGAGUCAGCCAGGGUGGGAGCAAGCCACCUUCAUUUGAUAACCAUGACAGUGGUGUUGAAAUCAGUGACCAGCCCAACUCUGGUGGUAGUAGCCAGCGGUCAAGUCCAAGUGAUGACCCAACUAACUUUGCCAAGGUUGAUAAAACUACAUUAGAUGGGACAUCAGUUCCCUCCCAAACCAUCAUUUUUGAGAACACCAACUUCAAGGCUGCAGGAACUGUAAAUGCAACUGUUGGUGCCGAGUAUAAGGCCAAGUUUAGUGAAGCUCCAAAGCCUCAGAGACAACGUGAAAAUAGAGACAGGAAGAGUGCUUCUCCAGAGGCAUCCCUUGCCAUAAAAGAGGAGAAGGAUAAGAAGUCUGAAAAGCCUGAACCAAUUGAAUUGCCACUAAGUUUCUCUACCAAAGUGGAAGAAAAUGGUGCUGAUAUGAAGCUAGACUUUACAUUUGAUUCUGAGCUAGCAGAAGUGCCAGGAUCUGUGAGUACUAAGGGCAUCAGCCUUCCAAGAUCACUGGUGAUGACAUCUGGAAGUAUGCAGAGCCCUAUUUCACCAUCAACAGAUGAUCUCAACUUGAAAAUUGCAUCUGUCAAAAAGGUCUGGGAAACCAUGGCACCUGUGCCAGAACAUGCUGAAGAUGUCACAAGUUCAGUGGCAUUUUCUUCUGCCAGCUUCUCUGCUGUGGAUAGUGUUGCAGGACUUGAUCAUUCACCGGCAUUAGAGUCCUCAUUCACAACAAAGGAUUCAGCAACUGUUGGGAGUUGUGAGGAUCCUUCCCAAGAUGUUGGUGGAUACCAAGGAGGAUCACCACUACAACAGGGAGCAGCUAUGGGCAGUGGAAUGGUCUAUACCUCUUCUGUUGCAGCAUACACAUCAUCAGCAGCAUAUACAUCAUCAGCUGCAGCAUCCUUAGCCAAGGCAGAAGUCAGCCGCUCUGGCAAUGUGUGCAAGGUAAAACCACAGCAACAAGCAGCAAGCAGUUCGGUGUCCCCAGGCCCAGGAGGAUCAUCCUUGGGGAUCCCUAGUGGAUCUUUGUCUCCUCCUCUGGCUUCAGGCUCAGCUGGGCCAUCCAAUAGCAGCAUCUAUCAAGCCUUGGGUGGGGGAGCUGCUACAUUUGGUGGCAUUGGUGGCACCAUUCCCUCACCUCCUAUGAUGUAUAAUUCAAACCAACAGCUGCCACAGACUGGCCUCUACCAGCCAUUUUUGGAUGGCGCUCCUGUGCUAGGACAGAGAGGAGCAUCACAGUUCUCUCAAUAUCCACCUUAUGGUCUUGGCCAAGGUUUGGGAAGCAAUGCAUUUGGUCAGCAGUCCAUGUUCUUGCAAACACCACCACCACUCACAACACCAGCUGAUCUCUAUACAAACAACCUAUCACAAUACCGCUUACAGCCUGCUGGCUUUGGACAGAGUCAACCUCAAAACCAAAAUACCGUGUUGAUAUCUUCAGCUUCAAACUCCCUAAUGUCAUCAGCAGUGAAACCCUCUUCACAAACUUUUGGCAAUUCACAGCAGAAUUUUGGUACCAUUGGGUCUAAGGCUGGGACACCAUUCCAGCAGAGUGGCCUAGGAACUGCUUUGCAAGGUGGUCCUCAGCCCUCGCAAUUGUAUAUAUAUGAUCCCAGUCAGCCCAUGGGUCUCUUAGGAUCCCAGCUGGUCCAGCGACCUGGUGUGCAGAAUUCUGUUAUUCAAACAAUACAGCAGCCAAGUUCUUUCUACUCAAACAAUGGUGCUGGAGCCCCAGGAGGUCCACCAACAGCACCUCCAGCAGGUCCUGGAGGCCCACAGCAGCCAGCAGGAUUCUACACUGCCUCUGGAUCUCCCCUUCAAGCAGCAGUGCAACAACAAGCACAGCCACCUCUACAAACUCCUCCUGCAGCCUAUGGCUUACAAGGCUUUGGUAAUCAGUCUCAACCUGGACCAGCAGGUGUAGGAAUGCAGGGUUUUGGGUCUAGUAUGAGCCUUGCAGCACAGCAACUGGGAGCUCAGCCAUUUCGAGGUGCUCCCACACUUCCUGCAAGCUUCCUCAAGUCGUUGCAACCUGGAGCCAACAUUCAGGAUACUGCCCGCCAGCAGCUCAAGUCCCCAGGAGCUGGGCAGAAUUCCUUUUCAUCAACAUUUUUCCCAACUUCAAGUGGUAUAUCCUCAUCUGUGAACAACAGCUGCAGCACUAGUAGUGCACAUACAGUGUCUGGAGUACCACAAAUAUCUUCACCUAAAACUCAGAGCAGAAAGAUGGCAUCUCAACCUGGGUUGUCACACCAAAGCUCAAAUAGGAAUGCUUCAUAUACAUCUCAGAAUACAACACAGAUGAUGGGUGGAAGUUUAAGGUCUUCAGGCAUGGUGAUGGGUCUGCGUGGCCAGUUGCCCAUGGGCACCCAAACCCUGAGUGGUCCAACUCCUGGAAUGGCCUCUAACUCGCGCUAUCCAAAUCCUGGCCCCAUUCAGCGGCCACCAGCAGCCCAGGGCUCUGGCAGCAGUGGCAGUCAUCGUGGUGGCCGUGGCCAGUCACAAGGCCAGCAACAGCAGUCCCAGCAGAGGAGCUCCAACCCCCCCAGCUCAGCCCAACAGGCCAAGUUGAGGGCAGAUGCGUUAAGCACCACCCAGGCGUUCUUCAAUCGGGAAGCUGGAAAAUCAGAGAAGAAAGGAGAAGACAAGCAAGUAGAGUCCAUUUCAUCCACCAAGGAGGAGCUCUCAGUUGACAAGGUGUCAGCUACACCCUCCACAGCAGCUGAUGGCCAGCCAAAAUGAAGCCUCAUGUGAUUGCGGAGGCUUCUGUGAAAAACGAAGCGAGGCAUUUAGCUGUCCUAAAGUGCAGGUGGUAUUCAAUGGACCGUGUAUCAUGAUGGUGACGAAGUUGGAAUUUAUUUUUUCUUCCUUAUUUUAAAAGAUCAUGUUUUAAUCAUCCAUAAAGUUAUUCUUUCUUUUUUUUUAUUGCCAUUAUUUUUUCUUAAGACGAGAAAGUUCUUAUCUUUGGAAGAAGAUUUAUAUCAGUAAUGAAAAAAAAAAAAAUCGUAAAUAAAAUGAUAAACCCAGUGGUGAGGCAAGAUUUGCUGUGGUUGAACAAUUUGAAUUUGUGGUUUAUUUCUCUAUUGAAAGGCAAAGUGCGUAAUGUUGAGUGAACUUUAUUUUCCUCUAUUUGAAAAGCUUUCAACGCUGUGCUAGAAACAUAGACAUGAUUGAUGCUAUGGUUUCUUUUAGAAGUGUUAAAUGCAUAUGGACGGUGCAUAUGUUACUCUUGGUUGAUUUUUGUAUCUUGUCAGUUAAGUAAGGACUCAGUGGUACUGGGAAGGGCACCUGUGCUUGUUUAUUUAAUACAAGAAGAUACUACUCCACUAAAGGAAAGUAAGUGUGUAAUGCACAUGAGUCUCUCUUCUAGUUGUUAAAUGAUUUCUUUUGGUUUACUGGCUCAGGAUUGAUGGUUCCUGUAGCUACUACAGAGUAGGGUUAGAAAUGAGCUUUUUAAGAAAAGGAGGGUGUUACCCUUUGGAAGAUAUCCCUCUUGUGAAAAUGCUAUAGAAAGUAAUGCUGAUCACUAUAUAAGAACAUUUUUGAAGCCUAAGACAUUAUUACUGGCAUUUACAUAAGAAACAGGUUUACAUUGACAAUGUAAAGAGCGUGACCAAAGUGCAAGAGGCGUUUAAUGAUGGGUGAACCCUGCCAAUCUUACACCAUAGAGAAGAGAGUAAUGACCAGGCCAUGGGUAACCCGUGACGCUGUCUUGCCUGCUGGCCAUGGCGCCAACUUGCUGCUGAGGAACCUGGGGAAACUGGGGCCAUUGCUAAUGUUAUGGGACACAUGGCGACAGAAUACACACCCAUUACCUGUUCCCUUGUAAUUUUCAGGGAAACGGUUAGGCACCCCUGGCCACCAUGCUCUACUGUCACUGCCCCUGAUGGUAUGCUGUCUGGCUAGCUGAGGUUCCAAUAUGUUAUUGUAACUUGUGGCAUUUUACCAUGUGUAUGACUUGAUAUCGUUCCCUCAUUGUUACGCUGUUGAAAAGCGCACUGUAUGGGCAACUCUGGGAAGGCUUCGUGUUGCUUCACGUGGCAGUGGCAGCUAGUGGGUGUGGCAAGAAUUACAAUAUUGGCUGCGGCCUACCCAACCAACCACACCUGCAUACCACCCACGUGGCACGCCUACGUCACAGUCUUUUAAUUUUAAUUGGCCCCACACUAUUGAAUGGAUGGGACUCUUUUAGACCCCUCAGCUUUUAUACUGAUCCAGAGCGAGUGAGGGGCCUCGCCCCCUCCUCAACACUCUUAGCAGCAAGUUCAACACACCUUGUGUAGUUGUCUUAUUGCAAUAAACUCAAUGUCUCCUG